CCCUUUGAAAAUAGAUUAAGUUUAAAUACAAACUAUUAUUAGCCAACUAAAUUGGGUGUACUUUGCAAGUUACAAUUCUUUUUCUGUAACUCUUGCAAGUAAUAUAAGUUGAGAACCCUUGUUCGUGUUUCCUAACCUCAAUAUCAAAACAAUCUGCAAGAAGGCUCAAUUUAAAUAAAUGCUCAAUAUCUCUUGGUUUUAUCUGUAUUAUGAAAACAAUUAUUUUAAUAUUAUUUAAUUGUCAAAGGAAUUAAAUUUUAUUAAUGCCAGUGGGUACGUUAGAUUUAUACUAUGAGCCAAGCAGCUGAUUGUACUGAAAGAUUAAAGACACAAAGAGACAGAGAUGAUUCGCAAACUUUACACAAUGCAUGCAAUUGGACUUAUCUUGACAAACUAGCUAUAGAAUAUCACGAUUUGGAAAAUGUUAAGAUUAUAAGUUACAGAGAACUGAAAGCAGCGAAAGAAAUAGUUUUUAGUUAUUUGAAAUGCAUUGAAUAUCCUGAAUUUAUUGGCAUCGACUUUGACAUCUUGGAAUGCUGUGUACCUUCUUUAAUGCUUGGAAUCCUCGACAGUGGACAUGCUUUUUUCAAUAUACCUACAGAUCCACUGGGGUAUACAGAGAUAUUUGCUUUUUUAAAUUUAAAAUAUAUUUUUACAAGAUCUGUAACGUCCAACAGAAAAAUCAUAUGUCAAUUCGAUAUUCAUGGACAGUUGAUAUAUUUAACAAAAUUAGUAGAUGUCCAAGAAAUUCCCAAUAAUAGAAAAUAUCAUUUUGCAUAUGCAAUUACUACUUCAGGAUCGACUGGAGUACCAAAAGUUGUCAAAGUGCCUCAUCCUUGUAUAUUACCUAAUAUUACAGAUUUAAGAAGAAUUUUGAAUAUAAUAAGCUCUGAUAAAAUCGCACAACUAACGAAUUUUACUUUUGAUCCUAGUGUUAUUGAAAUUUUCUUAAGUCUUUGUUGUGCUGCAACCUUAUUCAUGGUUUCAAAAGCAUUAAAGAAUAAAGCUGAUAGGCUCUUAGAAGAAAUAUUCCAUGCUCGUGUAACAGUUCUUCAAAUCACUCCGUCGCUUCUCUUUCACCAGUGGUCCACCGAACGCUUGAAAACAACAAUUUUGGACAAAGAUUCUGAACUAAAAGUUCUUCUUUUGGGCGGAGAACCGUUCCCUAACAAGAAAUUGCUAUCGGAAACAAGUCAUCCAUUGAAUACUACACGAGUAUUUAAUAUCUAUGGCAUAACUGAAGUCUCAUGUUGGUCUAGUAUUAAUGAAAUCGAUAAAAAUAACGUGGAUGAGCCUUGUCUAGGUGAACCUUUAUCAGAAACUAUAUUUCAAAUCAAGAAUGAAGAUAACGAAGUAAUUAGGGGCGAUGGUAGCCUUUAUGUCGGAAGCACCACUAGGAUUUGUAUUGUUGGAAAUGAAACUGAGGAAGAUUUGAAUAAGCCAAUUUUUCGUGAUACUGGCGAUGUCGUUUCGAUAGAUGAUCAAGAUAGAAUAUUUUAUAAAGGAAGACGAAAUAAUAUUGUAAAAAGAUUUGGAAAUAAGGUGAAUUUGCGAGAGCUCGAAAGAGCCGUAACGGAAUUGAGUUUUGUACGAAAUUGUGCUACGUUCUGGGAUGUAGAAAGCCAUAAAUUAUAUUUAUGUUUAGCCACAGACAUGAAAGGAGAAUUCUCUAAAUUGAAAGAUGAUAUAAUGUCACACUUAAAGAUAUUACCAGCGAUUUAUAAACCCGACAAGAUAAUUAAAGUAGAACGCUUUAGUUUUACUACCAAUGGAAAAAUUUGUCAGACAUCGCUGAGAGAAAUAUGUAGAAACUCCGAAACAGAAGUUAAUAUAAAUAACAUAAAUUUGAAUAUUGAUGCGAAUGAAAUAUUUGAAAACUUAUGGAACAAUUAUACAAGAUCUAAAGAUGCUAGUUUUUUAAUGUCCGGCGGUACGUCAAUAGCGGCACUUCAUAUCUCAAGUGCUGUUGCUCAAGCCUUUAAUAGAGAAUUUCCCGAAUUAAUUGGUAUGUUGCUAAAAGAUUCUACAUUCGACGAAUGCGUCAGUUAUAUCAAAAGUACUUUAAUUAGCCAAGAUUGCGGUAAGACUGUUAGUCGUUCCAUUGAUGUAUCUCUUAAUAGUUCUUCCAAGAAUAUACUUGAUACAGAAGAUUACGUAAUAAAACAGCCGUUGCGAAAAAAAUUUCCACUAUUGUCAAAUGAGAAGUAUUCUUAUGAAUGGUACAAAUGCAGAGGAAAAAUUUAUGGUAAUGCAUUAGGAGAAAAAAAUAUCAAAUCUUUCUUAGAAAAUAUAUCAAACGUUGAAGUACUGGCGACCUAUAAUUUGCAGAAGUGCGUCGAUGCUUCGCCAACUGUAUAUCGUUAUUCCGCAGCGGAAUUGUACGUAACAGUAGCUUCACAUUCCGGUAUUGUAUGUACUGUUAAUUUGUUGAAAAUCGAUAAUGCGCCAUAUGAAGUAAAACUACCGGAUAGAAUAGAAGCUUCCGUUUUAGUCCUAAGCAAUUUUCACGGAAUUGUAGGUUGUUAUGAUGGAUACAUUUAUUGUAUCCAUUUAAAAACUGGUGACAUAAUUUGGAAAUUUCAAACGCAGGAUAUGGUUAAGUGUACGGCAAUAACGUGUGUACAAGGAAACAAGAUGUUUGUGGGUUCUUACGAUUUCUAUGUAUAUUGCCUUUCCACGGAAGAUGGUACUCAGAUUUGGAAAACUAAAGCAAGUCAAGGUGGAAUCUGUGCUACCGGUUGUCUUCAUCAUCAAUCAACUUCGAUUCUUUUUGGGACAUUAGACGGCUCGUGCCUGGCCUUAGAGCAAUCCUCGGGACGUAUUCUGUGGAAAAGUAAAUUGCAGGAUCCGAUAUUUGUCGCGCCUGUUGUUCUCCGGACUGGAUAUGUCUUAUUUUGUUCUGUAGCUGGAAUUUUAUGUUGUUUUGAUAUCGAAACUGAUUGUCAGAUAUGGCAGUAUGUGAUAUAUGGUAAUGUAUUUUCAUAUCCUGUGAUAUGGACUCCUGAAUCUAUGGUGGAUGAUGAAUACAUCGUAUUGGCUAGCCAUAAUCAAAAUUUAUACUGUUUAGAACUGCCACAAAAAACAGUCAAAGAAAAUGAGCCAAAAUUGAGAUAUAUGUUACAACUGCAGUCGCCUAUUUUUGGGACUUCUUGGUGUGAAGGUGGAUAUAUGUUUGUGGCAUGUACAAACGGUAUUUUCAAGGUGUUUGAUCUUCUAGAAGGCAAAUUGUUAGCGACCAAGCAAUUUCCCGGCGAAACAUUCUCUUCGCCAGUCGUUCAUAACAAUUUUGCUGUCUUGGGAUGUAGAGACAAUAAUUUAUAUGUUUUGAAACUUAGUUGAAUGUGGUACAUGAAAAUCUGCACUGAAAGUGAUUAUUUGUAUUAGACUUCUUUUAUCCUUUGAUUUUUAAGCGAGACUUAGUCGGAAUUGCAAACAUACACGGUUAAUACAAUAUCGUUUAUUCCAUUCAGCUCUCUUGUGUUACAAGUUGAUGGAUAAUGAUGUAUCUGUUGCAAUUGAGACAAGUGUUAUCUGAGUAUACCCGUUUCCUCGCCAAAUUUUUCGUACGUGAUGUGAAAUUGUGUGUGCCCAUCGUAACCCAUGCGAGAGUGCAAGUAAAACAUGAAUCUAGGAAAACGACCAAUUCAUUUUUUUCUCCUUGAUACGUUCUCCUUGACAUACGCCGUUAAUUGAUAAUUAAUUGAUCGAUGUGCAUGCGAACGUUCGCGCUCACUUACUCUUUUCUUAUCAGGUAACAAUACAAUAAUGAUUUAUUAUGCAAAUAAAGUAGUUCGAAUCUCAA